UCCAAAGGAGCUCAUGACCAUCCACGUCCAGAAACAAAACUAGAAGCAGAAGCAAGAAGAUCAAUCCAGAAAGCACAGACGGCUUCUUCUCCAUCUUCUCCAAGAUUAAAAAGAAUCUGGGAGAUUGAGUCUCUGACAGGUGCAAUGCCAACGCGGGAGGCUUUACCUUUGCUUCUUUCCAAGCCGGACGCUUACAUGUUACCUGCUAAUUUCGGGGGACAUUUAAGCAAAGGUUCCCGGGAGCUGAUGCUGGGCAGCUGCUCUGGGCAGCCGCCAUACCCAAGGGCAGCUGGAGACAACAGGGGCUUUGGAGAGGCGCCGACCUGGAGCAGGAACCCAGCCCUCGGAAGGACGCCCAGUGCCAGGAGGCUUUGCAGCGGCCCUGCCGUCCCCACUACUGACCCGCCCUGCGCAGCCCCUUCCCCUCAGCACUGCGCCCACCCUGGCACCCAGCACGUCCUGCCCCUGACAAAGGGUGGCCAUGACCCCUUCAGGCCUAACGUUGGCCCUUUGGGGGAUGAAUCCUGUGAGGAGAAAUCCCCGCCGGCCUACAGCAGCAGCUGCCUCCCUCCACCUCCCUACCCUGUGCCUCAGGGAGGCCCCUGUCCCACGGCGAGUGGGGCACGACACCACCGCCAGCUCUCGGCGCCUUUGAGGGGAAGCGAAGGAGACGGGACCGAGGGAGGGCACCGUAUGGGUCUCAACUACUGCAGUGACGACAUGUUUUUUAACCUGUACCUGUUACGGUGA